AUGACCACCUGUGAGAACUUGCCGCCAUGGAAGGCGAGCUCAAUGCCCAACGAGCCAAUGUGGUACUUCGGUUAUGGAUCUAACAUGAAAGCGAGCUCGAUGGCUGACCGGAAGAUCACUCCUCUAAAAACCAAAGUAGUCACCGUCCCUACACACUUCGUCACAUUUGACAUAUUCGGAAUCCCAUACUCGGAGCCCAGCUACGCAAGUCUAGAGCAGUUUCCAGAUGGAGGCCACGGGAAGCUCGAUCUUCUGCAUCGUCGCAAUCGCACGCAAGUGCCGCCCGCGUGUGGAGUCGGCCAUCUCCUCAAUCCGGUUGACUUUCAUCGCCUGCUAGUUACCGAGGGCAGCGGAGUGGUCUACAAUCUAAUUGAGGUGCAGGCUUACGAGCUGGCCCCAGAUGGGAGACCGAUUCUUGCUCCGUUUCCAGUGUACACACUGAAAGCAAAGUGGCCGCAGAGGCCUAACGGGAUACCCAGUGCUCGAUAUAUGAAUAUUUUUCUUCAAGGUGCUAGAGAUCAUAAUCUUCCGCCAGCAUAUAUCGAAUAUCUCGAAAAACUCCCCAGAUACCAAAAGGUCGAGGGCCCAGAGCGAACGGCUGGUCAGCUAGUUUUUGAUAGAGCAUGGCGACCGUUCUUGAAAAGACUUGUGCGUAUCACAACGUGGAAGGUAGACGAGGAUGGAAAUUGCCCUUUCUAUGUGGCUCACAUCAUUGUCUGGCUCUACCAGCUUAUGUGGAAGUAUCACGAUUUAAUCCACAGGCACAUAUUUGAAGAGGGCGACGGAGGGAAGCUUCAUUAUGUCCGUGUGAGGGAGUGA